CCAUUUCUGCAAAUGAUCUGAUUCUGUGCUGGGAGGCUUCCAGACAUGGAAAAAUAAGUAAAAUGCUUUCCAACUGAUGCAGGCAUAAUGUUGCCAAGUAACUUACAGUACCUGGAGGCUUUUUGAAAGGUCUAAGAAAAUGCUCUCAGUCCCUGCUAGAGAAGGUCUGAGGAGCAUGCACAGAUACUGUGCGCUUUCUCAGUUUUCCUGCAGAAAUUCCAACCAACCAGCUUCUGUUUCUAAAAUGUCAAACACCUUCAAAAACCCUCAGUCCAACACAAAGACAGAGGAUAAGGAGGGGGGGAGGAAGAACAAAGAAAAUGUAUUUUCAGAAUAAUCCCUAGAAGAGCCAUAUAUAAUGGCUUCUUUGUCUAUUAGUAUUCUUUUUUUCUGUGUACUGUAUUAGAAUUAGGCAGCAUUACACACUUCUUAGAGAUGUGUCUUGCUUUAUAAUUCUUGAUACCUGUUGGUUCAGUGACUUUUGGUCUAAAGAUAGAUGUAGGGGUUUGUGAAUUGAAUAGUAAAUACUAUGAACAUUUCACUCUUGGAUGCAGGUAAUUUAUUGAAAGAGCAGAAGUUUUGAUUAAAGAGCUAGUCAGGAACAAAAUAAAUUCCUCUUGUACAAUUAGCCAGUAUACAAUUUUAAAGGGUCUAAUUCCUGGACUACUAGAAAAAAAAGGUAGCUUUAUGUUGCGAGGGUAGUAGUAACCCAAAAUAGAAUGGAUGUGGCUUCUAAAGAGUUUUGUGACCAGUAGUUCAUAUGGCUGUUUUCAGCGAUUAUUCCACACCUUACCCUGUUAAUCUUGCAUCUUAUUAGACCAUCCUCACAAACAAAUCAAGACUACCAACAGUACUGUCAGAUGCUCUUAAAAUUUGCUAAGUGCCUUAUAUAGAGCAUCGCUGAGGCAAUGGUUCAAUUGCAAGAGAGUUUGACAAAAGAUUUACUCCUCUGUAAAGGUUAUCAGUUGUAACCAAGGUGAUGUUCCUGGUUAUAAUACACUGCAGUCUUACAUUUUAUUGCUAAUACAAGUAUUUAAUAAGAAAAAGUCCAGAAAUUUCAAUUUGUAAAACAUACAUUUUCUGGAGGAGAUUUUUUUUCCUCUAGUCAGCUAUGAUGGUCUACUGGAAUAUCACAGAAGCGAAUAAAACUUGUGAGUAUUUUUGGAUGCUUUCAUAUUUCUCAGUUUCUCAAUCAAAGACAAUAUUACCGUUCUUGGGAAGGGGUACAUAACUUGGUUUUGUUCAUAGGGUUUAUGUUAAUCCAGUGGUAAUUUUUUAAGGAUUUUGUUGUUAGAAAAAGGGCUUGUUAUUUUGAAAAUAAAAAUCUUACCUUCCAGGUGUCUUCCCCAAAAGGAGUAAGUGCCUUUUCUGUUCUGACUCUUAGAAGUAUUUACUUUGUCAGGUUGAAUCUGAAUGUCCUGGAUAAACCAACUAUUAAGUACUGAGUGUUACCAAUGGCUUGAAAUCAUUUCACAGAAUGAGACAGAAUGUAAGCCACUUGAAUUACUUUGAGACCUGAUGUUAUUGGAAUUUUUAUAACUGCUACGAGUAGUAUACUUCUAAGAACAAUGUAACUUUACAGGAACUUGACAGGAAAUAAAUAUUUAUUAAAAGAAGUACGUAAAUAAAUAUUUAUUUACCAAUUUAAGUAAGAGAAAAUGUUACACUGUGGGGGCAACAGUCUUGCUGUUAGCAGUCCUGACUACUUAGUGGAAAGUAAAACUAAGGCCCUGGACUCUAACUAUAAAAAAAUGCGUGGUUUUUGGUGAGAGAUUGGGACUGACAAUCUUAUGUCCACCUUCUAAUAAAGUAAUUCUUCCUACCUAAGUUUUUACCAAUUCUCAAGCAGAAAAGAAAGCAUGAGCAGAUAUCAGUAAGAGGCCCUGUGGUUUAAUUGGUGCUGCUUCCUAUCUCUAGAGGAUUUUUUUUAAAUUUUUUUUUAAACUUUGCUCAGGACUGGUACAGCUGAAAGUAUAUUUUCCCUUCAUUCUUAAGCCUAGACUUUGAAUGGAGUUUCUCUGAGACACUUUUGUAGUGAAAUCGUAUUCCCUACAAACAUUGAAGACAAAAAUAAACAUCUCCGUGAACAAAAGAUUGUGUGUGGUUGUAAUUUUUUUAAUAUAUACAAAUGUAUUAUAAAAAAACUAAGGAUACUCUAAGAAAAACAUAGUAUAUUGGUCUUGGUGUAGCAGUCUGAAAGUACAGUUUGCAUCAUGAGAUGCUACAGAUUUUCUGUCUGAUAAACUAUGUUCAAUUCCAGUUAAGCAUUCCUUUAUUUAAAGACGACAAUACAUUACAUUUAGUCAAAUGUGUAGUAACGCAUUGGGAGACUGCCUUCAACUGACUUCUUCCUACCUCAGUUCAAAGACAUAAUUUAAAAUGCUGAAAGCUUGGCAGGACAGCUGAGGGGAAAUGUCUGGAAAAAAAGAAACAGUAGGAAUCUCAGUGCAAAGAUAAACUUUUUCUGUUAUUAAAUGUUAAACAAUUAAUGAUAAUGGACUUGUUUUAGAAUUAACAUUCCUGUAGUUAUUUCACAGUGAUGACAUACAGUUGGUUUCAGAUGAGCAUCAAAAGGUGUUUGAUGCCUAGAAUAGUGACACAUUGAAAUACCUCCCCCAGGAAUAAAUACUUCUUGCCUGUGAACAAUCUGAUAAGAAAGUAUUUUUUGUGAAAACUACUGUGGGUGCACUAUAUUAAAAUCUUGACUGGCAGUGGUGAUGCUUAGGGUGUGCUAUGAUAAAUAAAAUGGUAAAUAAAGUUAUUAAAUUGCUUAGAACCCAUCUCUGAAUAUGUUAUUUGUACUGUCUAGGAGGAGGUGCAAAAAAUACAAGUGGGCAAUUUGGGGAUAAACAGAACACUUGGGGAAUUUGAUGUCAAGUUGCCAAGAGGCCUCUACUAAUUUAUGGCAGAGGUAGGUCAUUUCCCCUUUUGACUAUGGUGGAAGUUGAGGUGUUCCUGGAAGUACUGCUUCUGAGUAUGGAAGUAUCCAUGCUUGCAAAUUAAAGUAACAACUGAGCAUGACACAGAGGUUCUACAAGGCAUUCUUAAAUGAAGUUCAUUCCCUUGUAAAGAUUGUCAGAGUUUCACAUUUGUGCAGCAGAUAUGAUUAUAUGAAAACACAUCCUUCUGAGAAAAUGCAUCUAGCAGUGGUGGCCUGUGGUGAAAGACUGGAGGAGACUGUUACUAUGUUGAGAUCAGCCAUUAUUUUCAGCAUCAGACCUCUCCACUUUCAUAUUUUUGCUGAGGACCAAUUACAUGAGCGUUUCAAAGACAUACUUGAUGAAUUCCCCUAUGAAGGAAAAGUUAAUUACACGUUAUAUCCAAUAACAUUUCCAACUGAGAGUGCGACAGAAUGGAAGAAAUUGUUUAAACCGUGUGCUUCACAAAGGCUAUUUUUGCCGUUAAUCCUCAAAAAUGUGGAUUCACUACUGUAUGUUGAUACCGACAUCCUGUUUUUGAGGCCUGUUGAUGAUAUUUGGUCUUUUCUGGGAAAGUUCAACUCCACACAAAUUGCUGCAAUGGCACCAGAACAUGAAGAGCCUCGUAUUGGGUGGUAUAAUCGCUUUGCUAGACAUCCGUAUUAUGGAGUAACUGGAAUUAAUUCUGGAGUCAUGUUAAUGAAUAUGACGCGUAUUAGAAGAAAACAUUUCAAGAAUGAUAUGACACCGGUCCGGUUACAGUGGGGAGAAAUUCUUAUGCCACUACUGAAGAAAUACAAGUUGAACAUAACAUGGGGUGAUCAGGAUCUAUUGAACAUUAUGUUUUUUCACAAUCCAGAAAGUCUUUAUGUCUUUCCUUGCCAAUGGAAUUAUCGACCUGACCACUGCAUCUAUGGAAGCAAUUGUAAGGCAGCUGAAGAAGAAGGUAUAUUUAUUCUUCAUGGAAACAGAGGUGUGUACCACGAUGAUAAACAACCAACUUUUAGGGCUGUCUAUGAAGCAAUAAAAAAUUAUUCAUUUGGAGAUGAUCUGGUUCAUUCACUGCUGCAGCCCCUAGAACUGGAAUUACAGAAAACCGUGCAUACAUACUGUGGAAGAGUUUACAAAGUAUUCAUAAAGCAACUAACAAAAAGCAUAAAAGACUUGUAUGCCAGAAGAUCAAAGGGAAGGUGACUUUUGACUCCUAGCUGUUCCAUCAAGAGACUGAAGUAAUAUACUGGUCAAAAGGUGCAAGAAUUUUAAUACAGCUUGAAUGGGCUCUUAAUGUGUCCAGACAGAAGUUUACUAGCAUACAUAAAAAUGAAGAAAAUAUUCACGUAUGAAGAACAGGAACUUUUUUCUGCAGAGGUGACUUUUUGCUCUUUUGAAGUUUAAUCACUGCUAAUGUUUAUCUUGGUUCUGAUGAUUUGGGUGUUACUGGCUUCUGUGGUCAGUACUUUUAGUCUGACCAUAAUUCAGUUAUCUAAUGAUCAAACAAACAAGGAAGAAAUGAAGAUGGCUCUGUUUGAGAGCAUACCUCAUAUAUUGUCUAAAAUUAUGUAAAAACUGUGAAUGUAGCAAUAACUGAGUCAGCAGCACUAACCUCACUUUAAAGGUGUGAGCCUUUAUGUAAACAAAGUUGUUUACAAGUGCAGAAAAUACUCUGUUUUCAACAAAAUGGGUUGUAAUUAUCGACAAUCUAUGUGUGCCUUUACGUGUUCAUCUCUUACAUGUUGAAAUACUGUUUUGACAAUCUUGUUUAUCUCAGAUGUGAACUGCACGCUAUAAAUACGAUUUUCUGAGAAGCUGAUAACUAGUAUGUGAUACUAGUUUUCUCCAUUGGUAAAUACAGAGACUUUAUAUUAAAAAGCAUUUGUUUGAACAUUGUAGAGCCAUUAGCUCUAAAAGGUAGAGCAGAGUCGAGGGGGUUUUAAGUAAAAAUUCAGUUUGAAGUUGCUUGUCUUAUGAUACUUUUUAAAAAAUUCAUGGUUUUGCAGCUUUAAUAGGGCAUUUGGGAAGCCAAGAAAAACCCAACAGUGGAAAUCUGUUGCUGUUGCAUUUCCAUACUAGGAAUUAUUACCUGACGAUUGUUAUAGAGUAUGUAGGACCUAAAAGUGAAGAGCUGUAGUAAGAGUUCUGAUGCUUCAUCAGACUGUGUAGUAGAUAGGUUUCUUAGAGAAUAUAUCAUGUUACCAUAUAUUUUUAAAUAACAUGGCUUUAAAAUAGCUUUGUGGCAGACUCUCAAUACAAUGAAUGCAUUACUGUCAAUAGGGUGAUAGUAAUUUGCAACAGGUAAGGAUUAGGCUUUCUUCAACUGUCUUAGUGAAAAAAGAAGUACUGUUUAUGCAAUACAAACUUUUUUCCCAGAGAAAACGAUGAAGAAAAAGGCAGGACUCUAGUGUUACAGUAAAAUAUUUAAACUUACAUGGUGUAAAAUGUAUUUGUAAAGAGUAUUUGAACUUAGAUAACCUGUCUAAGUGAGAUGAAGUCUUCAUAAAGUGAGGUUUUGGAUUCCAGAAAAGUUCUUGUGUGUUGAACAUGGAGGAUCCACUCACUGACUUGCACCUUCAUCCCAAUCCCAUUUUAGAAGCUUAAUUUUUGUGGCUGUUUCCAUGUCAAAAGUAGGCUGCCUCUGAUUUCCAGAUUCAUGUGAGUUGAGCAAAUGCUUUAGCAGUACAAAAAUGCACUGCACUGUAAGCAGAGUUUAUAUUCUGUUUCUAAUCUCCCUGCGGGCUCAGGGUGUAAAUUUCUGGGAUGAAAACUAGGAAGCAGUCUGCUUUGCACGUAGAUCUCUUUUCCUUGCUGUGUAACCCUUUGAAGACUGAAAAUGUAGAAAUCUGUGUGAAGGUGAAUACUGUGACUGACUGAUUUUACAGUAUGCAGUGCAUUAUUUUUUUACAUAAAUACUGAUUUUUAUAUCAA